UUCAACCCAUAAGAAGGUGUUGUAUGCUGGUAAAUAGGCCUCCCCUUGCCUUUGAUAAUCGCGAUUUUUCUGAUAUAAAUUAUAAAAAUUAAAAAAAGAUAAUAAUUUAAAUAUUAUUUUAUUUUAUUUCCUAAUAAAAGAUGCCGACGAUCAUCGGAUUUGAAGGCAGUGCAAAUAAAAUAGGAAUAGGUAUAAUCAGGGAUGGGCGCGUCCUAUCUAACCCCAGAAGAACUUACGUGACACCUAUUGGACAAGGAUUCCUACCCAGAGAUACAGCAGCACACCACAGAAAUUGUAUCCUACAAUUGCUUUACCAAUCUCUAAACGAAGCUAGCGUCAAGCCUGACGAUAUCGAUGCUGUUGCUUAUACAAAAGGGCCGGGCAUGGCAGCACCCUUGGUGUCCGUGGCAGUUGUGGCUCGGACAAUAGCUCAGCUCUGGGACAAGCCAUUGCUUGCUGUCAACCAUUGCAUAGCUCACAUUGAAAUGGGCAGAUUGAUAACAGGCGCCAAAAACCCCGUUGUCUUGUAUGUCAGUGGUGGAAACACUCAGGUUAUAGCAUAUAUGGAAAAGAAAUAUAGAAUUUUUGGUGAAACCAUUGACAUCGCUAUUGGCAACUGUCUGGAUAGGUUUGCCAGAGUUUUAAAACUGUCAAAUGAUCCAUCUCCUGGCUAUAAUGUUGAACAAGAAGCCAAAAAAGGAACCAAAUUUCUUGAACUGCCUUACGUUGUAAAGGGUAUGGAUGUUUCCUUCUCUGGAAUUCUUUCGUUCAUCGAGAAAAAGGCGCUGAAGUUAAUAGAGACUGGCGAAUAUACAAAGGAAGACCUUUGUUUCUCUUUGCAAGAAACCAUUUUCGCCAUGCUCGUCGAGAUCACAGAAAGAGCCAUGGCCCAUGCAGGCAACGACGAAGUACUCAUCGUUGGUGGGGUGGGAUGCAACGAACGUCUUCAAGAGAUGAUGAGAACAAUGGCGGUCGAGAGAGGCGCCAAAUUGUUUGCAACAGACGAGAGGUUUUGCAUUGAUAACGGAGCAAUGAUAGCCCAGGCAGGGUAUCUCAUGUAUCAAGCCAAUGAUAUCACGAAAUGGGAAGAUACAUUUUGCACGCAAAGGUAUCGGACUGAUGAUGUGGAUGUUACAUGGAGAGAUGAUUAAGAAGAAUAUGAGUGGGCUAGAAAAUGGAAUUGAACUAUAGCAAAUUAUAAAAUGUCAAUUUAGAUGUGAAAUUUGUCGUUUGUUCGAUCAUUCACGGGGCUUUUAUUUAUAAUAAUUAUUUUUUAUAAAAUUUUAUUUGUGAAACUUCAUAUGAUCUUGGGGUCACUUAUUACCGUCGCUACGGCUCAAAAUAAAAAUUUGAGUGCAUUAU